AUGAACCGCUCCACUCACUAAAUAAGUAAUCACUGAGCAUGUGCUCCUGUACGGCGCGGGUAUCAUGUAAAAAACCUACAAACGUCAAAAAAAACCUACAUAAUGUCAACUUGCAUACUAGAUAAUUUUUAGGGUGCAAACAGUCGUUCCACGUUUGCUCACCAGGAUCGUUGUAAGACGAUCCAUCUAUGAACGAAUAUCUGAACGAUACGAGAUACUUUUCUCUAAUCAAAUAUGCAUUAUUGAGCAUGACUGGUUGCAGUGAUAGUUCUUAGUUCAUAGUGUGGUUCAUUAAGCUCAAUGUGUACGUAGGCUUAAAAUGUGAAAAACGAGUUUGGUUGAGUAGCAAGACCGCAUCUGGAUGAUUGUAUUGGUCUGCAUGUGUAUAAAAAAGUGAUAUUUGAUAAGUUGAGAACAUUAUUACUGACUAUGCUGCUAAUGAAGCAUAUGUAUUAGCUGUGCCAUACGAGUUAUUUGUGUUGUUCUUUCUGAAGAGAGGUUAUGUUCAAAGUUAUGGUUGUGUUUUCAAAAACUUUGAGAAGAACAGUGAAUAUAAUUGCAAGGUGUGAGUAUAAAAUAUAAGAUUCCACUUAGUUAAUUCUCAUCUGCAAAUGAAUGGACAAGAUUUGGCAGAAAGCUCUAACAUCUAUAGAUCGUUUGGCUUUUUUUGGUGGUUACAGACAUGCACCCUUCACAAAGGAACACUCUAUCAAUUGAAGACAUCAUCAGUCAAGUUUCGCCAAUAUAAAUAUCUACCGCAAGCGAAUGACUGGUUUCCUCAAGACCUGCGCUUAGAAUAUUACAUCACAGAGAUGUAUGCAAAGAGUUGCAAUCGACUCCAACUGCCAGGAAGUUAUAUGGAAUAGAUCAUUGCCACUCUAGGAGUAAUUCUAGAGUACAGCUAAAGUAUGGUACCUCAAUAACAGCCAAAUCAUCAUAAACUCUUGGCACCAUUCAUAAGAAGCACGCUACCAUAACUGUACGAGAUUGUAUGUGGCACUAAGUUGGUUCAAGACAUUAUUAGCGGAUUCUAGCGAUACAGUUAAUUUUUUUACCUGACAAUUUUGUCACGUUUUCCUCUUGCUUACUUCUAACUAUAUACAAAAUUCAUUCACAUAAGACCAUUUCCAAUGGGCGCCCUUUUUUGCCAGAAAGAAUGCUCAAAAACCAUGUCUACAAAAUUGAAAAAUGUUUAGUUGCUAAACGUUUUUCCCGGAAGGUCAUUUUCUGUUUUGGGGAACAUGAAGUUGUUAAUGUUUUGACAGUCUAUGCCAUUAAAUAGGGAGAUUAUGUAUAAGGAAAUCUUACAGUUUGGGCGACGGUAACUUUUUAGUGAUAUCGUUACACUAUUGCUUUCCUAAUGACAAGUUGAAAUUGGCAUCAUGACAGGGCUGGAGUACUUGCCGUCAUUUUGAUAAACUCGUUUAAUUGAAAAUAUCGAAGACAAUCGAUCCUAUGUAAAAAGGUAAUAUAGAAACGAUUUUGGGGCUAAUUAAAUGGUCCACCAUUUUGAUUUUAUAAAAACGUGUAUUGGUGAACAGGUUACAAGAUAAUUACGGGUAAAAGUACAUGUAAUGAUAUUCUCUGUUAUAAUGGCUAAACUAAGAACCCAACUGGUACGUUUUGUAAAGAAAAAAAAUUGGUACAAAAAAGAUCACUUACGUUUUUUCGACAUUUUGGUGGUUCUUGAAGCGUAAGGAGGAAAUUUUGAAAAUUCGUAUCAAAGCAGUCGCACGAGAUAGUCCUGGCGCUACAUAUGUACGUGGUCCACUUAAUCGGCAUGUAACAUUAUUUCGCAUGAAAUGGCUGCGUAAUCAUUACUCAUGACCAAGAAUACUACCACGUGCAAGCAUGGAAAAUUAAUAUUUUUUGAUAAUUUCUGAUUUUUUUCAUUAUGAAGAUCAAGUCACUCACUUCCAUCAGUCGGUGUGUUGGCGAUUUUGUCACUGACUAAUUUCACCGAUUUUAAUGGAAAAGGAGAUGUAGUAGACAAUACUAGUUUAUUGCAUUACACCCUUCCCACUAAAAUCGUUGCAACGGUUGCUGGUGUACCCCCCCCCCCCCAGGUGAAAACAUGUAUACUGACACGUGGGCAACGUGCGUUCAGUGCUGAGUAUGCCGCGCGACAAUUUAUUAUAAAUUCUUGACUUUUACUCCAUACACUUGAAGAAUCACUUAUUUCUCUACAUAAAUGGAUAAGAGUCUUUUAAGCGCUUGAGAUGUUAGUUUAACCAUUAUAAACGAAAAUGACCUGGAAUGUAACUUUACCCUUAAUUUCUGUACAUUUACCUAAUCUUGACAUAUUCACUGUAUGACAACGUUUAUAAAAGAAAAGUGAUGAAUUUAAUUCCCUACAAACGCGUUUUUUAAAUGAAACACUCCAACCAAUUUGAACUUAUCAUUGUUGUCAUCAAAUUGUAGGAAAAAUUUCAUAGCCUACACCUCACUUUCUAAUAGCCACAAAAAAUAAUUUGGCAUCCAUACACUUAUGUUAGAUAAUAAAAUUGCAUCAUUGCACCAUGUAAUAUCAAUUCUGUAUAGUUAUCUGUUUACACAUUUUUUUGAAUCCAUUUUCUAUAAUUUUACAUUCUUGUCUAUUAAAAUUACAUCACUAUACAUUUUGAGUACUCAUAGAUUGGUUGUUCACCUUGAACAUUUUUAAAUUCGAAAACUGUUUAAUAUAAUAAUUAUUCAAUUGAUUAAAUUCGAAAACUGUUUAAUAUCAUUAUUCAAUUUAUUAAAUUCAAAUACUGCCUUUUGAAAUACAGAUCUGCUAGUUAUGCUACUAUUACAGUCUUGCAGAUAAAAACCUAUACUGCCUCUAUUUUCGUAGUUGUGAUAAUAACUAUUUAAUUUUGUGAAGUUUUUUAAAUGUAGUGGUAAUAAAUGGUUAUUCAAUUUGAACAUGAAAACUAAAUAGCAUAUGAAAUUUUUUACAUUCAACCCCUGUAGUUCUUCUAACAUAGACUAAAUCCUAGCAUAUUUGUUUUUAUUUAAAAUGAUUCCCAUAGCUUUAUGUUGUAAAAUUUGUAAUUCUGAAAAUAUGUUUUCAUUUGCUGUGAACAAAAUAGUUGAACAAUAUAAAAUAUGUGGAAGAAUGAUCGUGUUAUACACUUUUUUUUGUAUACGUACUAAGAUUAUGGGAAACUCUAUAGAAGUAAUUUAUCUUUUUUGAUAUUUUUGAAACAAUGUAUACAUAUUGCUCGUGAAACAGUAGUUUAUUAUCCACAUACCUAUAUACCCAGAUAUUUAAAUGAUUGAUUUUAUUGAUAGAAAGAAGAAUGUGAGUUUAUUAUAUAUUAGGAAGUCUUAUGAGAAAUUCUAUAGAAUAAAUAAAAUGUAUUCUAUU